UAAUUUCAGCUGAACAGGAAAAAAGACACAGUUCCAUGCAAAAGCAUCUGUAUUUCUUAGCCUAAGUGAAUGCUCAUGCUACACCGAACACUGCACCUCCAUGUGUUCUCUGUCACUCUGUUAGAAAGCUCUAAUGGGCACAUACGCCUGGGGAGGGGUACUGGAAUGAGAAGGAAAGGACAAACUGGAUACAUCCACCAUGGAGUUUCGCCCAUCUUUUCCCUUCAACUCAAUCCUCUGGACCAGACUCUUGGUUCCAACUAUUUCUGGCCUAAGUGCGCCCUUGCUUCUGGAGGGGGAAGAAAAGGUGUUAAGAAACAGUUCAACCAAAGCUUCCUGAAAUGUGGGAUUGUCCAUUUCCAUCUGUUACUGUGUGCUAAGAGACUAUUUUAUCCGUCUUUCCCAACCAGCUCUAACAACUGUUAGAGUCUGUAGCCAUCCUCAGUGCCUAAUAUGGCAACACCAUCUGUCCGGAGCUGUAAUACUUUGCUCAAGAUCGAUUGGCCAAGACACCCAGACUUGGCUUUUCAAAAACACAUAAAUACCCCAGGCAGCUACUGCUCAACGCCUUUGAUUCGGUCAAAGAACACCAGCGGAACAGCCACAAGAUGCCAGCUCUCAGUCUGGUCGCUCUGGUCAGCCUGGUGUCCACUGUUUUUGCCAAGCAGUUGGAGGCGCACCCGCCCCAACAACAACACAAACACUGGGCACAGAUCUGCAGCGGGAAUCCCGUCAACAAGAUCCGGGGCUGCGAUAGAUACGGCUGUGGCUAUUUCGGCGCUGACAGGCACGGUCACAAAGGAAAGCAUGUGGGUGUGGAUGUCAUCUGUGCUGACGGAGCCACAGUGUACGCUCCUUUUAGCGGCCAGCUCUCCGGACCCAUCCGAUUCUUUCAUAAUGGAAAUGCCAUCGAUGAUGGAGUCCAAAUCAGGGGAUCAGGUUACUGCGUGAAGCUGGUCUGUAUUCACCCCAUCCGGUACCACGGCCAAAUCCACAGAGGGCAACAGCUCGGGAGAAUGCUGCCAAUGCAGAAAGUGUUUCCUGGCAUUAUCUCUCACAUCCAUGUUGAGAACUGCGACCACUCCGAUCCUACUCAGCAACUUACGCCUGUUGUUCCACCAUUCCCACAGCAAGGCAGUCACUGGGCAACAGUGUGCUCCGGGAAUCCUACAAACGAGAUACGAGGCUGUGAUCGCUACGGCUGCGGAUACUAUGGAGCUCCAAGACGCAACGGCAAAGGAAAGCACACGGGUGUGGAUGUCAUCUGUUCUGAUGGAGCAACCGUGUACGCUCCCUUUUCUGGCCAGCUCUCGGGACCCAUUAAAUUCUUCCACAACGGAAACGCCAUUGAUGAUGGAGUCCAAAUCAGGGGAUCAGGCUUCUGUGUAAAACUACUCUGCAUCCAUCCCAUCAGAUACAACGGUAGAAUUUCUAAGGGACAAAUCCUUGGGAAAAUGUUGCCAAUGCAAAGAGUGUUUCCUGGGAUCACAUCUCAUAUUCAUGUUGAGAACUGCGAUCACUCAGAUCCUACUUCCAAUCUUGAAAGGGGGAAAGGGCAGAAAGUGUGA